AUGUCGGCAUCUACACCUCAAAGGACAUCCUUGCGACAGGGUCUUCGUCAAGCACCCAAAAUCAACCAACCCUUCAUCCCAGACACGACCCCAGCACGUCAAAAACACCACGGCCAAGGCUUUGGAUCGCCACAGCCUCAGAUGUCUCCCCAUGUGAAUAUGAACCCCGCGGCCAACCCAAACAGCGCUCAAUUUGCGGUUGAUAGCUGGGAAGGAAAAAACCAAACACAGCUCCCAAUGUCAACUCGGGAGGUCCUCACACCUGGAAAUCGACCUGCGCUAUUCGCUAGUCUUACUGAUCGGACCAAAGUCGCGAGGCAACCGGAUUUCUAUGACCCAUAUUUUCCAUUGAGGUUCCUUGAAGUCCCGCGGACGGACCACAUCUACAAGCGCGCUCACUAUGGGCUCCAGUCCGAUAUCCCAGACGAGGUGGAUUUCGCUUUGUACCAUCUGGUCCAGAUUUCGAACCAAAGAUGUGAUAAGUUCAAGUUUGAAGGAUUCCCAUUGCUUGCCGAAACUCUUAUGCAGAAGGCGUUGGACGUUACCUAUCUCUGCACUGGGAUCCGGUGGGAGUUUGAAUACGACCCUCGUUUCCCAUCGGAUCGGGUAAAUGUUUUAAACUCCUUGCACGGAACACGGGACAUCCUCGACAAAAUCCGAAAAAUCCCUGUUAAUUUGCCAACCGACAGCCUUGAAACAGACGAGUUCUCACACCUUCUUCGAAACGUCGAAGAAGCCACCUUGGUGUUGAGAAACAUGGUCUUGUUGAGAGAAAAUGCCUUCUAUGUUUCGCGCUAUGCAUGUGGCCUUCUGAGAGAUUUCCUGGUCAUACUAAUGAACCUUCCAAAUCAGUCUCGUUUGAAUGAAAUCAAGAAUGAUGCACUUGAUAUUGCUGAAGAAGUGACCAAGUUCAUGAGGACUGACCCUCAAGACCCACUUUGGAUUUCUCUGGUCAAUUGCCUACACUCGACGGAUCGUGCCCACAUUAUGAGGGGUCUUUGGGCAUUAACCCAUUUCUCUACUGAGUUGGAAGAUGCUGAUAGUAAUCGCGCCAUGGAGAGCCUUCCGAAGGCAACCCUUCAACAGCUGUACUAUCACACACUUCUGGACCUCGACAAAGGAAUUCUGAGUGGGUCAUUGGAUUUCUGGUACCAGUAUACUCUCGGCCCUGACAAUAUCGAGACCCUGAUGGAUGUCAUCAACUUCCCCAGCGUCUUUGUACCCCGCAUGAUCGCGCUGCUUACAUAUGAGGCGCGUCCAACCAAGAAAGAAACAGUCUUGCAGGAGGAAAAAGUUGCACCACCGCCAUCUGAAAUCCCCCGUGUGCCACCUGAGCUCUUAGAGAAGUUGAUGGAGUUGACAGAACCAGAGCGCAGCUCACAGUGGCUUCGAUGCUGCUUUGUUGAAGAUGCGGAAUGUGAGAUUACCCAGAUUGCUCUUUGGCAAGCUUACCAGAGCCGAUUUGCAGACUCUCGGGUGCCAGGCGGAGGUGUCCUCCCUGCCGCAGAAUUCAUUAAAAACGUCAGCAAUACUUUCACAAAUGCUCAAGCACAAGUGAUCAACGGCCCGGGAGGCACAACCAAGUUCAUUAUUAAGGGAAUUCGACCUUUGGAAACUGCCUACACCGUUGAAGGCUUCCCUUAUGUGUACUGCAAAUGGGCUGACAACUCAAAACCUUCCAAGAUGUGCCAGCGUGCCUUCAGUUCUCCUACAGAUCUCCGCAGCCAUGUCUUUGCAGACCACAUGAAUCUUGAAGCUGAAGAAAAGCCAGGUCAAUUCAAGCUGGAGACAGCAGAGACUCCUAUCCACACCUGUCAGUGGGAUAAAUGCACACGGUUCCGGGCAUCUGGACCCAGUGCCAACACUGCCAUGGUAGCUGGCCAUGUUUCUUCCCACCUGCCAGAGGACCGUCCUGCUGACGCGCCGCCCCCAAGCACGAAGCGUCUUGUUCUUCAGGAGCGAAUCGUCCGCAAGUGGUACUACAUGGACACCCCAGUCAAUGAGAAGGGCGAACCUUUCGGUGUGGCAUACAAGGCUGCGCUGGUGCUGCGCAACAUUGCCAAGGGUGUCCCUAACCGGGUCGCUACAAAAUAUGGCGGUGUGUCUUGGAAGAAGGCUUGUUUCGUAGGCCAGCGCCCGAAAAUUGUAGAAGUGUGGGAUCGAAACCGUGCUUUGCGCAAGGAGCUGACCGAGUUGAUCAUGAUCAUGGAAAAGGAGGAUGAUUAUUGA